AAAUAGCGGCGGCUCGGGCAGCGUGAAGCUCCAGCCUCUGUACUGACGUCUCGCAGCCGCGUCAUGGACUCCCAGGACUGCCCGUGUGCCACCGGCGGCACCUGCACGUGCGGAGACAACUGCAAAUGUAAAAACUGCAAAUGCACAUCGUGCAAAAAAGGCUGCUGCUCCUGCUGCCCUGCAGGAUGUGCCAAGUGUGCACAGGGCUGUGUCUGCAAAGGGCCCCCCUCUGCCAAGUGCAGCUGCUGCAAGUAGCGGCCCCCCCCACGCCACGCCGAGGAAAACUAAUCUUAUAGUAUGUGUUUUUUUAUAUGUGUGUUCGGAUUGUGUCAGUGUUCAGCACAUGUGGUGUGCCAUGAGCUGCCUGAAUAAAGCUGUGUGUAUAUAA